AUGUCCGACAACAUAACCUUUACUCCGAUCGCUGACGUCACCUUGAAACAUCACCUGGUUUCUGUUAGUGGCGUCUGCGUUGAGUUCAAAACUCCUGAGCGAAAUGAAAGGGUGAGAAUGAUUCAUCAGAAGAUCAAAAAUUCUGAAGAAAGAAUGUUUUUUCAAGGUUUGAUAAUGAAAUUUGAGAAGCUAGGACAGUCCUUCGUUGAAGUUUUUGAAGUUAGUAGUUUACAAUGACAGGAGCUAUGACAAGGGCAAAUUUUCUUUUUCUGAAGAGUACUGUAAAGGAAAGUCCGCGUUUGGCGUGUGCACGUUUUUGCACACUGAGUGGUCCCAGUUACGGUUUCCUUGUAAGUUGAACUAUAUGAUACAGCAGCCAAACAUUCUGACUAAAACGAAAAAUAAGGAUUUUCAUAGCUGACUCACGGCUGGCUUGAACCAUUGAAAAAAGGGUCCUGACACGAUAAUGCACGAGAUAGUGUCUGGUUGAUAGAGAGCGCAGACAGGCCACGCCCACUUGGCGUCCCAAGCUAGCCGUGAAUCAGCUAUAAAUAAAAAUAGAAGAAAAAAACGCGGAGAUGGCCCACUCAAAUGUGCAAAAACGUGCGCACGCCAAAUGCAGACUUUAACAUACAGUAUCCUUUAAAAAAAAACUUGCUCAAAUAUCAAUUUUCAGUUUUCCUUCUUCGAGCUCUCGGAUGAUUCUGGCAAGCAGAUCAAAGUUUGGGCCAACGAGUUUUGGCUCAAUGUAGUUCGUUCACUGGUUUUCGAAGAUUUGGUAAUUUUUGAAGGCUGAAUACCCAAUUCAGAGAAGGAUUUGCAGACUUAUGACGUCAUUGAUGCUGAAGUCCGAGCCGCCGACCCAGCGUACAACUUUCUGAAUACCGUUGAACUCCGACUGGUCGAAGGCUCUAAGGUUGGUUGGCAAAGUGGGAAGAUUGGGCUUAAAGCUCGCCAGCUCGCCAGACCUAAAAGACAGCGUUGGAAAGCAUUGCAAGAUGCUUCUCAUUUUUAAGCGCCCGACCAAAAACGAGCUUAGCGUAGAAGCUUUUGAAGGAAUGGCUGAAAAGAGCUCUCAAGGACUUUUAUGAUCCAGAGCUGCUGAUGAGACGAAGAGACCGCAACUUGCUUAGGAAGUCUAGAAGGGUCCCCAUAGGAGUUAGGAGGAAAAAACAGCCCCUUCAAAACCGAAGAAGUGGUCCCCAUAGGGGUUUACGGUCUGAGCCCUUAGCGCCUAAAGUGGUCCCUAGAGGGGUCUUUCAACUUGAUUUUAAAAAGCUUAUUUAUUUAUUUUUUUCGCAUGGAAAUGUUUCUUCGUCCUCCACUUUUUUUUUCUAUCGUUUUCUGCAUUUUUUUUUUCUUAUUGAUCGGGUCACCCCAGAUCGACUGCUUUAAAUCUCGAGGUGACCCGCAGCGCCCGGCCAGCAACUUUGCGCCCGACUAAAAGCGACUUACACGCUACGGCAUCGGAAAGCUUUUCAGAUAACAGUCUUGUAGCGUCUGUUUUAAAGCUCUAGAUUAUCAGCAAUUUAUAAAGACGUCCUCUGUGAAAUUUUCCAAUAAUGCACUUUUUUUUAGCCAUUCUCUGAGCUGUUCUACAAGUAAAAACUGAAAAAAAUGGAAUUUUAUUUGAUAUCAUUAUUGCCAUCUCCAAACUCUUUUUCGGCCCUGAUUCAAUGCUCAACGUCAAGUUUCAGAUCGUUCAGAAUCCAGAGAAACUCGGGGCGCCGGUGAAACAUUAUCCGCUUCGAAAUCUCGACGACCUGCCAGUUGGCGAGAGCGAAAUCUUCGCAGUGAUAGGAAAAAUUCUCUGGAUUGGACCGAUCGAAUAUGUAAGGAGAUUAAAAUUGAGUAAUUUUGAGGUUGACAAGUGUAGGAUUUUUUAUUUGGCCAUCGCGAAAUUUUUGGAAAGUAGCCAUAAAUUAGCCAGCUUUGAUAAAUCAAUGGGAGAUUCUGAAAGUCUCAACUUGCAGAAUUUCCUAAUUUUCGAAUAAUGACACCUUGAAGCUCAAGAGGUUCAUUAAAGUCAUUGGGAAAGGGAAAGGUUGAGGCCUCCAGGUUGUUUCUUUUAAUUGUCAAGAUGUAAUCAACAAGAAAAAAAGGCAUAAAUAGUAUUAUAUAAUUUCAAAGGAACGCCAGAGUGGUCUCUUUAGGGGUUAGGAGAAAAAGCAGACAUUUUAUGGGUAAAAUUUAAGUGGUCCCUAUAAGCAUUUAGGGUCUGCCCCCUAGUUAAUAACGAUAAUGGACUAGCAUGUCCCAUAAUGGACUAGCAUGACCCCUCUGGAGCUUCCAAGUCAGUUUCAGGCCGAAAAUCGGGUUUCAGAAAAAUAAGAACGACUUCAAGAGAGAGUUACGUGCGAUUCGGAUCGUCGACAAGAACGGUGUUGAAUGUUCCGCGAUGCUUUGGGGUCCUCAUGCCCAUCGUCUGCAGGAGAAGGACCUCGGCGUCUGGGUGCACUUCAACGGCGUCAAGGCCGGAAUUUUUGAUAGUUGGUUUUUUUAACGGAGAUUUAGUUAUGUGCUGUCAGGAGUGUUAGAAUGACCAUACGGAUAUUAACCAAAACGUAAAACUUAUCGAAAAGUAGAACUUUUAUUUUUCUUUAAAAAAAAGUUUUCUGAUUACUGAUAACUUUCAAAUCUGUGCUCAUCUUUUCUAUUCUAUAAAUUUUUCUGAGACGGUAGGACUAUUUAAAGUAGUCAUUUUAGGGCUUUUUACGCUUUCAAGAGUUAAGAAAUCAACCAGAAUCGCUUUUUUCAGGUUCAUGGAUUUUUUGAAGCCUUCUCCAACUUUUUGAAGUGGUCAUUAAAAAAUUUUUCUGGUCCGGUUCCUCUAAAAAAGAUGAACAAGACCAUUUUUUCUUCUUUUAAUGGUCAUUUCAGCGGCUUCCCGCCUUUUGAUUUUUUCUGAGCUUCUCAUAAAUGAGAAUACCUAAUUUUUCAAGCUCCUGAGAGUUGAGAGCGUUUUCCAGAGAUUUAAGAGUUAUAUGAGCUUUUUCCGCGUCUAUUUGCCCUAAGAAAGCCCAAAAACUAAAAAAAAAUGAGCCUUUCGAAGUGGUCUUUUAGCGGUUUUUUGAUCUUUAACAUUUUCAAAGCUUCCAAAAAGUUUUCUCCGAUUACAGAUCAAGUUGAAGUCCAAACGGUGCGCAAAACACAGAUCCUUCCGUAUCGAUAUCUCGACACCGCGAACGAAAUUGAAAAACUUCAUUGA